CCCUCCCUCCCUCCUUCUUUCUCUACUCCCGUUAUUUCAGGCCGUGUCUGUACCUGUCUGUCUGUUUUCUGUCUGUCUGUCCGGGUUGGAUCACCUGUGUGCGGACUCACCUGUCCUGGACUCCGAAGGAAAAAGUCCGAAUUCUUUUCAUUUUUUUGCGUCAGAGCUGGAACCAGGUGUGCGUAAAGAGGUGGAAGGAUUCAAACGGUAAAAAAAAAAAGGACAAGAAAGGAGGAAAAGACGAAAAGAGGACAGGAGGACAGGGGACCGGCUCCUUCCGUCUGAGUCCUCCCGCCUGCAGUUCCUGUUUGUCCGCCAGUGUUUGGGACUUGUGUCGGCCUCUCCUGGGGCUCCGGCUGGAACAUGCCCAGGGCCUUUCUGGUGAAGAAGGCCAACGUUUCGCCGGGAAAGCGGAACUGGUCGGAACUCCCGGAUCAUGAACGAGGAGACGUCUACAUCCCAGUCUCCAUCUUCCCUCCGUCCAGUCUGAUGAUGGAGGCUGAAGCCACGCCGGCAGAGUCCACGCCGCUCUGCCUCACCAAACCCUCUCUGUCCGACACGUACGCGGAGCUACCGUCCAGCACGGUGCUGGGCCGGCCGCAGAGCCCGCCCGCUUCCACACAGGAGAGGUCAGAGGUCAGGCGGAGGACGCAGGGAGGCUCCAUUUACAUCCGAUCAAAGAUAAAGGUAACCACGGGCGAGUUGCCUCCCGAUCCGUCUCUCCCACUCUCUCUUCCUCCGGUUCCAGCUCUCCCAACUUUCACCCCACACACCAUUGUGACUCCGGUUGCCAUGACGACAUCUCCUGCACCCAUGGAAACAGGACCUGUGGCAACCAGAUCAGCAGCUCAGAGUCAAAGUUCAGCAACGAGGACAACUGGAACAUUUGUCUGCCAGGUUUGUCAGAAGAUGUUCCAGUACCAGCGAAUGUUGAACCGACACAUCAAGUGUCACAACGAGACCAAGAGACACCUGUGUAGCUUCUGCGGAAAAGGCUUCAACGACACCUUCGACCUGAAGAGACAUGUGCGCACACACACAGGAGUCCGUCCGUACAAAUGUACUCUGUGCGACAAAGCCUUCACCCAGCGCUGCUCCCUGGAGUCGCACAUGAAGAAGAUCCACGGGGUCACCUUGAAGUACGCCUACAAGGAGCGUCGGAACAAGCUGUACGUGUGCGAGGAGUGCGGCCACACGGCGGGAACUCAAGACGACCUGCUGCUGCACCUUCACCAGCUCCACCCGGACAGUAUUCUGCUGAAGGGAAAGGCUGCGAGGAGAGCCACGGCGGGGAGGGACGGAGGAGAAUCCGCCCCAGGAUCUCCUCAGGGAGCGGAGAGCGAUGACACGAGCGGAUCGGUGGGGCAGUAGAAAGAGGAACUCAGGGGGGUCGGUGUUGGACUGGAUCCAUCAGAAGGAGGCUCUACUCAGCUGUGAUUGGUUCUUUUAUUACACAGGUGGCAAACCGGCCAAAUCCAGCCCACCAAAGGGUCCAGUCUGACCUGUAGGAUGGAUUUGUGAACUGCAAAAAUGACACUGUGGAUAUUAACAGUUAAGGAUGUUCAAUCUAAAGUGGGUCAGACCAGAA